UCCAGAAGUCCAUCACGUCCUCGCCUCCUGCACAGACAGAGAGAUCAAUAAUGGCUAUGGCGCCAACAGCGGUGCCCCGCCACGUGGUCGCGGUGCCAUACCCGGGCCGCGGCCACAUCAACCCCAUGCUGGCGGCGUGCCGCCUCCUCGCGGCGGCGGACGGCGAGCUCACCGUCACCGUCGUCGUGACGGAGGAGUGGCACGCGCUGCUGGCCUCUGCCGGCGUGCCCGCCACGCUGCCGGCCAGCCGCGUCAGCCUCGCCACCAUCCCCAACGUCAUCCCCUCCGAGCACGGCCGCGGCGCCGACCCCGCCGGCUUCUUCGCCGCCGUGCGUGGCAAGAUGGGCGAGGCCGUCGGGGAGCUGCUCGACCGGAUGGUGCUGGAGCGGCGGAGGCCGGACGCCAUCCUGGCCGACACCUACCUGACAUGGGGCGUGGAGGCCGGGGCGCGGCGCGGGAUCCCGGUGUGCUCGCUGUGGACCAUGGCGGCCACGUUCUUCUGGGCGCUCUACCACCUCGACCUCUGGCCGCCGGUGGAUGACCGUGAAAGCGAGCAAGAACUAAGCGGCAAGUCAUUGGAGCAAUAUGUCCCAGGCUGUUCAUCAGUCAGGCUGUCUGACAUCAAGCUCUUCCGCUCUUGGGAACUGCCAAUGAAACUAGUAGCAGAGGCGUUCGUCAACGUGCGCAAGGCGCAGUGUGUCCUCUUCACCUCCCCCUACGAGCUUGAACCCAGCGCCAUCGACAGGAUAGCACAGGUGGUUCCGUUUCCCGUGUAUCCAGUCGGACCUUCGAUUUCAGGCAUGCCGCUGAACGGUGACGCCGGCAAGAUCCGCGACGAGGAGCACGGUGCCUGGCUGGACGCGCAGCCGGAGAACUCUGUCCUGUACGUCUCGUUCGGCAGCGUCGUCUCCAUGCGGCCGUCGCAGCUGGAAGCGGUCGCCAUGGCGCUGCGCGACAGCGCGGCCAGGUUCUUCUGGGUGGCCAGGGACAGCGCCAGCGCCCGCGGCAUGCAGCGGAUCGCCGGCGACAAGGGCCUGGUGGUGCCGUGGUGCGAGCAGCUGAACGUGCUGUGCCACCGCUCCGUCGGCGGGUUCCUCAGCCACUGCGGGUGGAACUCGGUGCUCGAGGCCGUGUUCGCCGGCGUGCCGCUGCUCGCCCUCCCCGGCAUCUGGGACCAGGUGGUGGAUGGCCGCGUCGUGGCUGACGAGUGGAAGAUCGGCAUCAACCUGUGGGGGCAGAAGAGAGAUGCCGACGGCGUCGUCGGCAGCGACACGAUCCGUGCCGCGGCGGCGAAGCUGAUGGAUCCGGAUGACGGCGAGAGCCAGGAGAUGAGGAGAAGAGCCGCGCGGCUGCGCGAGGCUUGCCGUGGCGCCGUGCAGGACGGUGGCUCGUCGCGUCGUUCCUUGAACGACUUCGUGAAAGAUCUCGCCGCGGGGAGGCUUAACUGCCAGUGAGUUUGAUUCCCAGAGAAGGGACC